AUGCCCCAGUGGCAUGGUCGUAGUCUGGGCUUGAUCAUGGACUGGGGUUGUGGUUGUGGCUGGGGACAGGGUGGGGCUUGGGCGGGGCUGGCCCUGGGGGUUGGUUACCUUGGCUCUAUCAGGACAGACAGACAGGAGCUGAUAAAAGAGGAGUGGAGACUGAGUAGACAGAUGAGUGUUGACCCGGCUGCAGUAGGACACUCCGGACAACUCACCACCAUUGCAUCAUUACUUAUCACAGUGAGUGUAUUUACAUUACAUUCUUAUCAGCCUAUAGGGUUUCAUUGUUGGAGAAACAGCACUUUCAGGAUUUUUUCGGAAGGAAUGUCUGGCUUUUUUUUGUUGCAAAAUAGAUCUGCAUUUUCUGUUUUUACUCCAUGUAAAGUUGACUGUUCUGUAUCUGGGGUUUGGAGAAUCAAUUCAGUAAGUGAGAUGUAGGUUAUUUUAAAUGGUUUAUGUUGGCUAGAUGCAAGUUAGGUUUAAAACUUUACUUCUGCAAGAUUCAUGCGGGAGAUGAGGUCAUGAGUCAUGACCCUUCCUUGGGUUAUGGUUCAACAGAAUACAGCGUAUGUCAAAUUGACAUCAAAAGUUGAAUUUGUUAGCGUUUUAGCUAACCCUAACAUUAACCUAAUUAUCCUAACCAGCUACGAAUGGUCAACUCUGACAAGCUGUAUUAAUAUCUGGCCAAAACCGCUUCCCUGCCACAAUGGUAAUAGAACUCUGAUUGGCAACAGUGAGUCCCAGCUGGGAUUGAUCUACUCACUAAACAAUCAAUAAGCAGCAAUUUUGGACCUAUAAGAAGUGGUGCUUUCUCUGGGGAAGAUAGAGGAUUGUGUCUGUCAACACACGGUGAGAGAGCCUUGGUUACUUGUGGUGGUUUUCCUGCUUAGUUGGUGCAAUGUAAGGUUAUUGCUUGUGCUGAGUUUGCAUGUUUUAGUUUCAAUAUGUAGUUUGUAGCAUUUUUCCUGACCAAGCACAAUAUGUAGUGUCAUAUCAGGGUAUUUUCAGUUCUUCUUAGUCCUCACAUUGGACUUGCAAGUUAUCGUGAUCAUUUUUUUGGGUCCUUCAGAUGGCACUUCCCCUGUUCACCCUCCUGCUGACUGCCCUCCCUGUGGUCCAUUGCUUCCCCACUGCCUUCCAGGACCUGGAGCGAAGCGGCAGUAUGUACCUUUUCAACAGUGGCGGUUGGUGGGAGGAGCUAUAUGAGGACCGUCUCAUUGUAAUGGCUGGAAUGGAAUAAAUGGAACGGUAUCAAACAUGGAAAACCCAUGUUUGACUCUGUUCCAUUGAUUCCAUUCCAGACAUUACAAUGAGCCCGUCCUCCUAUAGCGCCUCCACUGCUUUUCAGUUAUACUUCCACUGACACAUCCUAUUUGGCUAGAAAUCAAUCUGUUAUAGUAAGUUGUGUGCAUACACUACAUUUUCUGACUCUAUACGUUUGUUGGAGGAUGUUAUGGGUUUGAUUCCUGCAUGGGCCUCAUACACUUUUGAACUGUACAUUUCUUUGGUUAAAAGCGUCUGCUAAAUGGCUAAAAUGCUACAUGUAUGGUGUUUGUUUCUCCCCCAGAGAACCAAACGUCCAUCCGGUUCCUGGCUCUGGGGGACUGGGGCGGGGUGCCCUACCCUCCCUACAUUACACCGGUGGAGAAGGCUACGGCCUGGGAGAUGGGCAAGGUAGCGGAGCAGAUGGGUGCAGACUUUGUUCUGGCCCUGGGUGAUAACUUCUACUACUCUGGGGUGAACAGUGCAGAUUCUCCAAGAUUCCAGGUCAGUUGUCAGGCAGAGUAACUCCAACCGGACUCCAGUUAUGGCAUAAUGAUCAAAUAUCUUUACUUUCUUUGCUGUGAAUGUUUUUCUGAUCCUAAUGCUUAGUUGCUGAGUCUAAGUCUUGAGGAAUUUUAAAUGUGUAAGGUUUGCAAACAGAAUGGGAAUGCACUUGUUUAUCAAUCUGUCUAAAAUGACCUCUUCCCUCUCAGGAUACCUUUGAGCGUGUGUACACGGCUGAUUCUCUCAACAUUCCCUGGUACAUCCUGGCUGGCAACCAUGACCAUGCGGGCAACGUCAAGGCUCAGAUCGACUACAGCCGCAAGUCUGACCGAUGGUAAGAAACUGAUAACAGAGACAGAGGUGCGACAUCUCACUCGCUCCUUUUCUCUGGUUCAUGAACUAAGACAGACAAGACCCAGCUGCUAAUGCAUUGGUGCCUAUUGGACAUCCACCCCUUAAGCAGAACGGAACUGUGACACUUUCUUUCAAUGGUAAACGGCCUGAGUGGGACAUCUUCAUUUAUCCACCAUCUUUGCAUAGACCUUAUGAAAGUCUUUGAUAGUAUAAAACCUUCUGUAAAAGUUUUCCCUAUCCCAGUUCAUCAUGAAUUUUGAUGUAACAUGCAGCAGAAUCAGUAUUUUCACUGCAGAAUUCUAGUCUGAGUCCCAAAAGUAGUACACUAUGUAUGCAAUAGGGUGCCAUUUGGGAUGCAGGCUUUUUCACUGAGCUGUUUCUAUCUUAGCCUUCAUUGAUCAGUCUUCAUUCAUUGAUCCUCACUCCCUCCUCAGGAGGUUCCCUCACUACUACUACGAGCUGAACUUCCGUAUCCCCAACACCAAGCGCACUCUGAGCAUCAUGAUGCUGGAUACAGUGAUGCUGUGUGGUAACUCUAAUGACUUCGAUGAUGAGAAGCCCCGCGGUCCCCUCAGCUCCAUAGAGGCCAACCGACAGGUACACAGAUUAUUAUUGGCGUUGCUAAAUAAAAUGUUUUUGGCUUGGACUUGAAAAAAGUUCCCUUUUUAAGAUUUUAGAUUCUAUUAAACUUUUUGUACCACCGACCCUGUCUACCUGACCAUUGUUGCAACUGGAUGUACUUUUACACUUUUGUUAUUAAUUUCUUGUCCUUAUGGUUAAUUUGUUGCAACUGCUGACAAGUUCUCCAUCAGAAAUUCAAAAAACAAGAAUGUAAUAAAGUGGAAAUUAAUCAAUAAGAAAGUCUUCAUUUACUGUAACCACCUACCAGUUGAUCUGGCUGCAACAGAGGAUGGCCCAGUCCAAGGCUGACUUCCUGCUUGUGGCUGGUCACUACCCGGUGUGGUCAGUGUCUGAGCACGGCCCCACAGAGUGCCUCCUGAAGAGACUACGUCCCCUUCUGGUCAAACACAAGGCUACUGCAUACUUCUGUGGUCACGACCACAACCUGCAGGUUUGUGGAGGUUUUGAUGCUUUGAAACUACAUUUCGCAUAGUCGUCUCCUAAACUACUAGUGUCCCAUUGCUGGUGCAACCAACUGUUCUAUCAACCAGAGGGUUGCUGUUAGAUAAAGGAAGGCCAUACGGAAGAUAUUGAUUGUUUACUUUAGCAUGUCACUUUAGCAUUCACGAUUUAUUGAUGGAUAAUAUUAAGUUGCAUCAGGGUUGUGUUCGGAAGGGCAAACUGUAGAAAAACGUUUCACAACAAAACAAAAAAUCUGUUCAGGUAGUGUCACUGUUUUAAAAUGUUUGCUCUCUGCUGAACAUUACCCUGACUGAUCCCCCUCUCCCUUUUCUCUCCUCAGUACCUGAAGGAGUCUGGUGUGGGCUAUGUAGUGAGCGGUGCCGGUAACUUCCUGGACCCAGACACGCGUCACUGGCACCAUGUCCCCAAAGACACCCUCAAGUUCUUCACAGGCCAGGCUUCUACCCUGGGAGGCUUUGUCCACGGAGAGGUCGGUGUCAGUCAUAGAAAUAUAAUUGUGUCCUUUCUAGGAAUUCUAUUUAUAUGGAGUUGGUGUUUUAUUGAAUUGUCUAUUCUCUGUAUACUGUUUGUGAUUGUGUGGUAGAUGGACUUUGGAUGUGUCACAUGGCAUCCUAUUCUCUAUAUAGAGCCUCUGGUCAAUAGUGCACUACAUGGAGAAUAGGGUGCCAUUUCAGACGCACAUUUGCCGUUCCCUGAGGGGUCAAUAAAGUUGUAUUGUAUUGAAGGUAACCAAGGACAAGAUGACCCUCACCUUCAUCCAGGCUAAAGGGACGUCUCUGUAUCGCACUGUCUUGCCACGCAGGGACCUCAACGAUGACCAAAAUGGCAGCGACGACAAGGAUUAGCCCUAGUGGAAGAUAUUACAAAAUAAACGGUCACAUUUGACAUUUUAUAUAUGACCUAGCCCUUAAAUUAAGGACUACAUUGAUUUAUUUUACAUUACUUCUACUUUAGCAGUUCAAUUCUGUCAAAGUACAAUUUACUCAAAUGUAGUCCUUCAUAAGGGCUAGAUAUUGAGCAUGUACUUAAAUGUCCAAUAGGAUGGAUGGCUGAGGUGUGUGGAUGCAGACUGGCAGUUAUCGAAGCUCAUGUUGGAUGGAUGAUUUCAGGUUGAGUGUUUUUGAAAACAACUGUGGCAUUUUGAGUUUGCUUGAAUGUAGCUUGAAGGAGGCUAAUGCAUUUAAUGUAUUUUAAUAAACAAGGAAAGGGUUUGAGUACAGAAUGGAUGUUUUCAAGUUAAAUGUAAGAAUUUUUGUGACCUUUUAAAAAUAUAU